AGCUUUUGCAGUAUUUCGACUCCUCCUCGAUAUAGAAAAUACUGCUUCAGCUUUGGGGCAUCUCAUCUAUAUUCUAUACUACUAACAGAAAAAUAAAAUAAAAUGGCACGCCUGUUUGUCGCUGUUGCGUUCAUGUUCUUGGCGGUGGCAGCCGCCUUCGCCGCGGAGGCACCGGCCGCUUCCCCUAAGAAGUCUCCGUCUCCGACCGCCGCACCCACGAAGGCUCCAGCCGCUGCUCCAAAGCCCUCCGCCAGCGCACCCAAGGCAUCGACCCCGUCCCCGCUUGCCUCUUCCCCCGCCCCCGCCAACGACGACGACUACGCCCUCUCCCCCAGCGACGAGAGCGAAGGCCCCACCGCUUCCUCCCCGCCAGCCCCCACUCCCGAAUCCGACGUCGCCGAUGGACCCGCCGAGGCCUCACCCGCUCCCGCUCCCGAACCCAAGAAGAGCUCCGCCUCCGCGGCCAAGCUAUCCAUCUUCAGCACCGUUGCCGCCUCUGGCAUCUUCUUCUUCUUCUCGUUCUAAGACAUCAGGGUGAUGCUUUUUAUUUGUACAAGUUUUUCAGUGAUUCGACACGAGGCCGUAUUCAAUUCUACCGAUAUACCUUCAUCAUAUCGAGGAUUUAAUGGUUUAAUUCAGUGUUAUAUAUAUUGUUUCUUCAAUAAAUAUUAUAAAACAUUUGUGUUA